AUCGCAGCAAUGUAUUUCCCAGGCAGAAUCAGCAGGGCAGUUUAGAAGGCUGUUUGGGUGUGUGAACGAGGGGGGUGUAGCCUGCGUGUGCAUAUACACUCCCUCCUCCCUGAUUCCCAUAACUCCUCCUGAUUGUUGUCACAUUUAGGCCAGACACACCUUUAGUCUCAGUGCUUGAGGAGUUGAAGCAAAGGGGUAAAUUCAUGGCCAGACCCCCAUCUCAAAAAGGAAAAGGAGGCCUGCAUGCACUCGGGAGGCAGAGUGUUGGACACUUUUCUACCAUGCUGACGGCAUUUUAAAUAUCUGUCAAUUUUCCAAAAUUUUGACUGAAGGAAAUCUCUAAGACUUUGUUCCAGAGGACGCAAGUGCAGCAACCAAUACCAGACUUUCAGGAUGAAUCUGGAAAAACUCAGCAAGCCUGAACUCCUGACACUGUUCAGUAUUCUUGAAGGAGAACUUGAAGCAAGGGACCUCGUUAUAGAAGCUUUAAAGGCCCAACACAGAGAUACUUUCAUUGAAGAACGCUAUGGAAAAUAUAACAUCAGUGACCCUCUAAUGGCUCUUCAGAGAGAUUUUGAAACACUAAAGGAAAAGAAUGAUAGUGAGAAGCAGCCAGUGUGCACAAACCCCCUCUCUAUCCUUAAGGUGGUGAUGAAGCAAUGCAAGAACAUGCAGGAGCGCAUGCUGUCCCAGCUGGCUGCUGCCGAGAGCAGGCACCGAAAGGUGAUCCUUGACCUUGAAGAAGAGAGGCAGAGGCACGCGCAGGACACCGCAGAAGGAGAUGAUGUCACCUACAUGCUGGAGAAGGAGAGGGAGAGGCUGACGCAACAGUUGGAAUUCGAAAAGUCCCAAGUGAAAAAAUUUGAAAAAGAACAAAAAAAGCUGUCCAGUCAGUUGGAAGAGGAGCGCUCCCGCCACAAGCAGCUCUCGUCCAUGCUGGUGCUUGAGUGCAAGAAGGCCACCAGCAAGGCGGCUGAGGAGGGGCAGAAGGCCGGAGAGCUGAGCCUGAAACUGGAGAAGGAGAGGAGCCGAGCGAGUAAGCUGGAGGAAGAACUGGCAGCUGAGAGGAAACGGGGCCUGCAGACGGAGGCCCAGGUGGAGAAGCAGUUGUCUGAGUUUGAUAUCGAGAGGGAGCAGUUGAGAGCCAAACUGAACCGAGAGGUGAACCGGACCAGAGCCCUGAAGGACGAGAUUGAAGACUUGAAGAAGCUUGUGAGGGACCUGGAGGCCGCCCAGCAGCGCAGUGGCUCCAGUGAGCGGUGCAGAGGGCCAGCGACCGCAUCCAGGGGCACAGCCACAGAGCCCCCGCUGCUGGUGUCAGUGUUCUGCCAAACAGAGAGUGUUCAGGUGGAGAGAAGCCACGGGAGCAUCCUAACCAAGCUGACAGACGCUGGUCUUCCUGGUCCCACCACUCCUACUUACUCCUACGCAAAAGUCAAUGGCCACUGUGACCCGGAAAUACAAACUACCAGGGACUUGACCUCGGGCAGCAGCACAGAAAACCAAGGGCCUCCGCGAGAGAAAUCUGUUGUCUCAGCCCAGGAGAAGCCGGUGGAGAAUGGCGGGUGUCCUGUGGGAGCUGAAACUCCGGUCACAAUGCCGAGUCACCUCCCUUCCAGUGGCAGCUCACUGUCUCCCAGCAGCACCGCCUCCUCCUCUCUGACCUCCUCUCCCUGCUCUUCGCCAGUUCUAACUAAGCGUCUUUUGGGGUCGUCGGUCAGCAGCCCCGGCUACCAGUCUUCCUACCAAGUAGGAAUCAACCAGCGGUUCCACGCAGCUCGGCACAAGUUUCAGUCCCAAGCAGACCAAGAUCAGCAGGCCAGUGGUCUGCAGAGCCCUCCAUCCAGGGACCUGUCCCCUACCCUUUUAGACAACUCUGCUGCCAAGCAGCUGGCCCGGAACACGGUCACACAGGUGCUGUCCAGAUUCACUAGCCAGGGGCCCAUCAAGCCAGUCUCUCCCAGCAGCUCUCCCUUUGGUACAGACUACCGGAACUUGGCCAGCACUGCCAACCCAAGAGGUGACGCUAGCCAUUCGCCUACUCCAGGCAAAGUGUCCAGUCCUCUGAGCCCCUUGUCUCCAGGAAUCAAGUCCCCAACCAUCCCCAGAGCCGAGAGAGGAAACCCUCCACCAAUCCCACCCAAAAAGCCUGGCCUCACCCCAUCCCAGUCUGCCGCCACUCCCGUGACCAAAACUCAUUCCCAUGUGUCCUCCCUGACCACCACAGAAGACCUCGCCAGCAACUGCUCUCCCAAUGCCGUGGUGGCCAACGGCAAGGACGUUGAGAUACUUGUGCCUACCAGCAGCUAGUCCCCAGAAGUGGGUCUCCACAUUUGACAUUCCACCAGAUUUCGUUCAAGAGUUCCGAGUUAAACCUUGGAGUCGGAUCAUGUUAUUUAUUUUGAUAGUAGCCACAGCCAUCUGUGUAAUACAUUCAGUGUAUUUACCUUUUGUAUUUUUUUAAGUAGAAACUGAGUACUCUGGGUUUUUAUGACUCGCCUGUUUGUACUGAGCUAGAAGGGGACCUCAUAGACAUCUCAAGCUCCACGGUCACCAGCGUCUGGCGAUGGAGAAGUUGGCGGUGAUCUACAGUUGGCUUUGGAGCUAGAAUCACUCAGCACUCAUUGCAAGUUCUGCAGAAGCAGUUCGUGCAGAUUUUUAUUCCAGAUGAAGAUGCUUUAAAAGUGCCUGAAUUAAGACUGCCACACGAGCGAUUCUGCGGCAGACAUGAAAGACCGAGAUCCUCUGAAUCUGAAUGUCAAAAGCCAACACUGCUCUUAAUCCUCUCUGACUGUUGAUUCCAGCUUUGUGUUCUGACCCGAGGUUUGCGGAAGUGGAGUGGAAAUCCUUCCAAAGGGGCGUGAACUCUCUGUCAGGGCAAGCUUUGAGCGUCACUGAGCCCUUGAGAAACCCUCCCGCGCACUGAGCAGUUGGGGUGCUGAUUUUCUUGUACUCUUGAAAAAAUUAAGUCAUCCUCAAGUUUCCCACAUCAAUCCUUGACCAGAGUGAAAUCACAUCUCCAUUCCAAACCACCUUCGAGCAUCGACUGUUGGGAACUUCCGGUUCUGGUCGCUUCUACUUGAACAGGAAACGACAUAAUGAACUCUUUUUUCUGUAAUCAAAAAGCAAUAACUUAAAAAGUCACUCUUUGUAAUAUUGUAAGUCAGAAUUAUACAGGUCUUACCAAAUGGUUACGUUUAUUCUCGAUGCUGCCAGCACUUGUAUCUGUGGAACCAAAUUAACUUCUGCCCAAAUGGAAGUAUACAUAUUUCUGUAUAGAUACAUGCCCCUUUACGUGUUCAGCAUUCUCACUCUUAAGCACAUAAAUAUUAGUGUGAUUGUACCUUUGGAGUCUGCAGUGUAUGUGAAGGACAAGUAGAAUCGCAUGUUAAGAUUACCUACCAAAGCAACCUCAUGUGGCUUGGAGCCAGCCAGCCAACAAAGGAAUCCAUUUCACAAGGAAGUGGGGCCGUCCCAGAUGAAGCCCGAAUCGUCAGCGUCGUAGAAAGGCACAACUAGAGUAGCCCUGGUGCUGCAGAACUCAGCUGGUCCUUCAAUUGCCGCCCGCUAGUUUGUAGUAGAAGGGAUGUAGCAAGCCACAGUGUCACAGCCCCGUGUAAUAGAGCCACCCCUUUGAGCCCCAGCUGCUGCCAUGCAGAAAUUCCAGACCAAGGUUAUCAGUUCUCCAAACAUUCAAGGAAUUCAAAUUUCUGUAAGAAAAUUAUUUCCAGGAACUGAUUCAAAACGGUUUUAAACACUGCUGAUUAGAUAAACAUGGCUGCCGUUGAUUUCGGCGCAUGAGCUACCAAGCUGCGACCCCUUUCAUCCCAGACCUUCUGCUGUUUCCCUCAUAGUGACUUCGUAUACACAGGAACCUCUGGGCUUCUCUGCUGUGUCAGCUACAUCUGACUGAGUCCCCAGAACAGAACAGUCUCCCUGUCGGCAAGCAGAACUCUAGACAGGCCAGCUCAGGACACUGGUUAUACAGCGUUGUAUCCGGAGUGGGAGAGAGGAUGACCUAGUGUCUGUAUGCAUCCUCCAAGCCAGCAUCUAUCCAGAAGGCCCCGACCUGCUGUAACCUUUUACAGGAAAGGGGAAUGGGUGCUGUAGGGAACACUUGAUUAUGUGUUUGAGAAGCCAAAGGAUUCAGUGGGCCCAUCCAGGUUAGAUAACGCACAAGGCAUUAGACAUUGGUCUUCUUGAGAAGCAUAGAACUGUUAAAAAAAAAAAAAGUCUUCCCCAAAAUUUAAUUGUUAAUAACUUUUAAUAAUAUUUUUCUUAUCAAGUCAGUGGGUGAGAGGCAGGGGGUGAAAUCCGUGGGCAGGUCAGCAGCAGAGUGCACUGUUGACUGAGGAAGGUAGAUGCGUGGCAGAUAAAAGUGCCGCUGAUGUCCGCUGUCGUCUAAGACUCCCCAAAGCAAUACUGCACUGGAUUUAUUCCUCUUGCGGAGCCAAAACAGAGCAGUGCCGGUCAGAAGCUGACCCUCCUAACCGGGAGGAGAGACUCCAGCACCAGAACAUUCUUACCUCUCUUGCUUUAAAUGGUAAUCUUAAAGGUUGCAUUGUGCUCUCCCUCUGUCUGGAGAUAGAGAUCUAUAGAGAGAGAAAUGCUAUAAGGAAGUUUAUUCUUAGGAAGUGCACUGAACAAUAUUUCUUUAACAGUGUAAUAUGGGGGUGGGAUAUGCAAGAGAAAUGUGUAUUUUUGCUAGUUGCCUAUCUUCCGAGAUAAUAAGCACAAUCCUGAAAUGGAUCCAAUAAUUCAGUUAGAUAUUAUAGAUUAGUAUUUAAGUUUGCAAUAGUUGUGUGUGUGCUAAGUAAAAGUUCCAUGAUUCACAAUUUGGGUAUUAACCCAUGUCAGAAAAACUGUUAUUGGUCAAUAAAUUCUCAUGAUGUGCACGGUGUAACACGAGCAUUAACUAGUUAUUAACAUCUGUAAAGCCAAAUGUACCGUGCAGAAGUCUUCAUUUUUAUAGCAGACUACAUUAAAGCAAAUUAAAUCAUA